AUGUCCCAAGCAGACAAGCGACGCAACUGGUCCUAUGACGAAGACAUCAUGUUGCUGAUUCAAGUCGCCAACGACAAACCAUUCACUGCCGAGAAAGGCCAGGUGAUAAAGGUCUGGCAGACUCUGGCCAAAACGCUAAUGGAGAGUGAGCAGUUCACCCGCGUGGUAGAUGCACGCAAACUGUUGAAUCGCUUCACGAUUCUCGUGGAUGAGCAUCGACGGUUUGAUGUUGCUUCGGCCAAGCUUUUUGGUUCCGAUCAAGAAGAGCAGGACAAGCACAUGCUGUUUGAUGACGAAGUGUGCCUCCUCGAUGACAUCAAGACUACUGCUACAACUGAUAAGUCCAAAGCCAUUGCCGACAAGUCCAAUGCCGCGGCAGACAAGGACAAAAUUGAACAAGACGGAUUGCUUAUUCGUGAAUUGGCCAUGCAAACCAUGAAGCGCAGUACGGACAAGCCCCCCGACGGCGAAAGCUCAAAGAAGAAACCUGCUGUUGAGAGCCGCCGCACAAGUUUGGCGUCAGCGAUGGAAAUCGAAAGCGAACGUGAGCGGGCGACGCGUGAAAAGGAGUUAGAAUUUCAGCGGUUCAAAUUUGAAUCCGACUUAAAACAGCAUGAAAUGGACCGUGACGAACGCCGAGCCGAACGCGAGCACCAAUUGGCUAUAGCACGCAUCGAGAGAGAAAAGAUGUCAUACCUGCUGAAAGCGGUACUUGAAGGUCGCAAGCAAUUGAAUUUGUUAUAUUCAAUUGAUCUAUAUUACAUGGAUCUCAUCUUGUGUUAA